AUGGCCUGGACUCCUCUGCUCCUGGUGCUCCUCUCUCUCUGCACAGGGUCCCUGUCCCAGACUGUCCUGACCCAGCCGCCCUCCGUCUCUGCAUCUCUGGGAGCCACAGUUAGACUCACCUGCUCCCUGAGCAGCGGCUUCAAUGUUGGCGACUACCAUAUUCGCUGGUUCCAGUGGAAGCCAGGGAGCCCUCCCAGAUUUCUCCUGAGAUAUAAGUCAGACUCUGACAAGUACCUUGUAUCUGGAGUCCCCAGCCGCUUCUCUGGAUCCAAAGACGCCUCGGCCAAUGCGGGGCUCCUGACCAUCUCGGGGCUGCAGCCUGAGGAUGAAGCUGAGUAUCACUGCAAUGCAGAUGAGGGCGAUGUGA